AUGCCAGCCAAGGGCGGACGACAUCCUUCAGGCCCGUGGGGUCGCCUCAAGCCGGUUGAGCAAGACCCCCUCGAAAGUAUCGGCCUUCCGUCCAAAGGCGACACCAGAUUGCUGGACUUGAAGACGCAAGAGAACUACUAUACCAAGAUAGUGGAGCGGUACAUGACGUUUUGCUCUGAUGCCGGCCAGCGGGAUGAACUGCUUCGGAGGUUCUCGUCGUUGGUAAUCUCACCUUCUGAUCCAGCCCCGGCCCCGGCCCCGGCCCUCUCCAGCCCUCGCGCUCUUCUGCCCGCAGUCACUGAUGAAGCAUUGCAGAGUUCUGCCAAUACCAAGGCUCUGUCCGAUGUCAUGGCUGCUCUCAGAAAGCUCAGGGAGGGCAUCGUCGCCUCUAAGCGGGCCGACGACUUUGCCGUCCAGGCCUAUCUUUUCUGUAUCCGGCUGUCCAUACUUGUCAAGCAUCCUGAGUCAUACCACCCAGCCAUACUUCAUCUGCUGCGCUCAAUUCACCCGCAGCAGCCGCUCACGUCCGUCGAGCUCCAAGAGGUGGUGGCCUACCUCGUGCUGGAUACGGCGUGCCGGCGAGGACAGCUGGCUGAAGCAUAUGCACUGCGGCGGCGAUAUGCCCUCACAGAUACAAAAGUCAACGCCGCACUAUCAGCACUGGCACACGAUAACUACGUCUUGUUCCAGAAAGUGAAGAGGAGUGUCGACGGGCAUCGGGCAAAGCUCAUGGAGUGGGCCGAAGGCGAUGUGAGGAUGCACGCGCUCAAGUGUUUUGGGAGAACAUAUCUGUCGGUGGAUCUCGACUUUUUGGAAAAGACGACGGGUUCCAAGUGGUCGGACCUGACGAAGAGUGAUGGUGUUGGCUGGGACCUGGAGGGGAGCAGGGUGGUGAUACGCAAGGUCAGGGCGCGAUGA